CUACUGUCCAAUACCUCCGCCCGACCAAGCAACUGUCCCCAUCGCCACGUUAUCAAACGCGGGUUCUCCUGCUUCCAUCAGUAACCUUCCGGUGUGAUCAAGUCAAAUUUACGACUGCCCAACAGAAACACGUGACUUCUUUCCCAUAUUUGGGCAGUGCACGUAGGAUAAAGGAAAAAAUAAAAAAAUCCCCCACCUAUAAAUCCUGGACAUAUUUAGGACAAAAGCCCCUAAAAAGCAAAAAUCAAUCCCAAUAAUGAUAGGCGCUAUCAAUGGACAAACACAUUCAUAACUAAAGGUUACCGAGGUUUUUGUUCAGUGUUCGUUUCUGUUGAAAUGUUUCUGCUUGGUGUUUGGUGCAUUUUCCCAUAAAAUGAGCUCGUACGUAGCUAACUCCUUUUACAAGCAGACACGAGAGGCGUCUGCCUCCGCCAUGCAAAACUACAGCUAUGGGUCUGUAUCUGAGGUCCAUCAACCCGGUUUUUGUUAUGGUGAGAUUGACCUCAGCGGGUCCCUCUCUUGUCCGAGCUCAUCGAACCCCCUAAAACGCGGAGAGAUGAGUACUAGUCUCGGUAGUUUUUCCGACACGACGUCGUCACCGCCACGGUCUCGCUCAGGCAUGGGUUCCCAGGAAAACCCCAUAAAUGUUAGCACUAAGGGCUCUCUAAAUCGAGGGCUGUACAAUGAAAAAGCCGAGAGGGACCAGGAGUUGAGCCGCAUUCAUUCUGACAAGACAGGAGCAAGCGAAAUAAAAGCUGGCGGCAUUCAAACCGUCCAGCCAGGAAGACAGCCGAGUCACUCGGCUCCACCAAAGACCAGCCAGCCACAAAUGUAUCCGUGGAUGACAAAACUCCAUAUAAGUCACGAAUCUGACGGCAAACGCUCCAGGACGAGUUACACGCGGUCCCAAACUCUGGAACUGGAGAAGGAGUUCCAUUUUAACCGGUAUCUCACCCGCCGGAGACGUAUAGAGAUUGCGAAUAGCCUCUGCUUGAACGAGAGGCAAAUCAAAAUUUGGUUCCAGAACCGGCGUAUGAAGUGGAAAAAAGACUCAAAGCUUAAAGGAAAAGAUUCUAUAUAGACUCUCCAGCAGAUUUUACUUGUAAAGGAAGAAAGAAUCUGGCUAUACAUGAUACAGGAAAAAUAGACCUUCGGUAACAGUACUGUGUUCAUCAACUGUAAAAGAUUUGCAUUUAAUACAUUUUUGUAUGUUGUAAAAAGUAAACAUGUAAAAGAUUUUCCCCAAUAACUACCAUUACUACUUAACUGUUGUGGUCUUGGUUCUGUGUGUUGAUAAAUAAAUAUACAGUUUAAAAGAACUCAAGGUUUUUCUUUACACCCCCGUCAGUGUGAUUAU